UUGUACGUGCUGGCAACGGUCGUGGCCAAGGUCGGGAGAGCCUUGAUCUAUCCCUUCUACAUCUCCGGACUGCGCAACGUCCCCGGACCAAAGGACAACCAAUUCCUCGUCGGCCAAGCAAUCCGCCUCCUCAAAACCGCCGGGCCAAACGACCUGUAUCUCGACUGGAUGCGCAAAUGGCCAGACGCGCCCUUCAUCCGGUACCUGAGCUUUGGCAACUCCGAGGUCCUGCUUGUGAACAGCCUGGAGGCGGCGCGCGAGGUGCUGCAGACGCAUGGCAGUUCAUUUGUGAAGCCGGCCUUUUUCGAGAAGCUGGUGGGCGAGAUGAUGGGCACGGGGGUGCUGUUUAGCGUAGGGGAGCAGCAUAAGCAGCUGCGGCGGAUCAUGGCCGGACCCCUUUCGAAGCCAAAGGUGAGACGGAUGCUGCCCCUAUUCAAGGACAAGGCCAGGGAGCUAUCUGCUUCGCUCGACGAGGCAAUUGCAGGAGACAGCAAAGGAGUUGUCGAAAUCGAAACCCUCUUCUCGCGAACCGCCUUCAAAGUCAUCAGCACCGCCCUCCUCAGCAGAGACAUCACCGACUUCCGCUCCGCAACCUCGCCGCUCAGCUUCGAGGAGUGCUACAGGGGCAUCCUCACGCCGCCGACGCUGCUCGGCAAGCUCAUCACCUUUGUCAACCCCUUUGUGCCGCUGCGCUGGCUCCCCAUCGAGGCGAACCUCGCCUUCAUCCGGGCCAACACCGCGCUCAGGGGGAUGCUGUCCGAGCUGGUGCAGGAGCGCGUCGCGCAGGUGAAGCAGGGUAAGGGCGGCGGGGGGGAGGAGGACGGGAACAAGGACUUUUUGACGGACAUGAUUGAGGCGAAUCUGGCGGAGAGCAAGGGGGUUUCGGACCAGCUGCUGGUCGAUACCAUCAUCCAAGGCGUCUCUGCUGGGCACGAGACGACCGCCGGCGCCCUCACAUGGACCGUCCACGCCCUCACGCAACACCCGCACAUGCAGCAGCGCCUGCGCGACGAGAUCCUCUCCGCCCAGCAGCAGAAGAAGAAGAAGAAGCAAGCCGAUGAUGGUCUCGACGCCGCCACCAUCGACAGCCUGCCCUACCUCAACAACGUCCUCAACGAGAGCCUGCGCGUCUACUCGCCCACGCUCAUGGCCCCCUGGGAAGCCGGCCAGGACCUCGUCAUCGCCGGCGUCGCCAUCCCCAAGGGCACCACCGUGACGACGAUCCCGGCCAUGGUGCACCUCAACCCGAGCAUCUGGGGCGCCGCCGCCGCCGACGUUGACGAGUUCAACCCCGAUCGGUGGGAUGCCGCGACGGGGCCGGCGGCGAACCCGUUUGCCAUUGAGGCGUUUCUCAACGGGCCGAGGACGUGUCCCGGGAGGGCGCUGGCGCUGCUGGAGAUGAAGACGGUGCUGGCGGAGGUGGUGGGCAACUUUGGGCUCGAGGCGGCGAGGGAGGAGGUGCAGUUUGAGAAUCCGAGUCUGACGCUGAAGCCGAAGGGGGGGCUGUGGGUGAGGGUCAAGAGGUUGUGA